CGAACGGCCCCGGACUGAGCCUCACACGCGUCCUGAAACACGUUGUUUGCUGCCUCGCUCGGACCCUGAUAAGGAGUGGUGUUUCUUUGGUAAGAGAGGAACACACCUUCAGUAAAGGACAUGGCAAUCACAGCUAAGAGGGGAGCUGCUGGUGCAAAACCCAAGAAUACCCUUAAAAGGAAGGCAGACACACUGGCUGAAAAGAAACCAGUUGCUGGUACGAAGCGCAAACGUACCGAGUAUGUUGUAACCGAAAAGAAGACAGUAGACCCAAGAAAAAGGCACAAGGGGAUGACCACCCUUGAAGGAGACCUGAGAAAAAUUUUCCAAGAACGAAGAAAUGCAAGGGAUGCUCGUUGUCUCUUUGUCUUGAUGCAGAACUAUGAUGAUAAAGUAGAAUUUGAAAAAGCUGUGAAUGCCAGAAAAAAAUCAAAACGGACCUACUUCGUGGACUAUGCCUCACCAGAGGAAGCAAAACAGAUGAUGAAGGUACUAGGGAAGAGGAAAGAUAUUCUUGCUUGCCGAAGUGUGGUCAAGCCACAGAGUGCAAAUGAGACAAUAAUGGUGGAUCCUUGUCAAUUGUACAUGGAGAACAUACCAGCUCAUACGACGCUCAAGGGUUUGAAGUCCAUAUUCCCAACAGCCUUAAACAUCUCAUACAGAUCUAAGAAAAGUUUUGCAAAAAUUACAUACGCCGAUGCUAAGUUGGCUGAGGAGGCCUUUAGAAAAGCAGACAAUCUUGUUAUCAGCGGAAACAAAAUGACUGUUCUUUACACCACCAUUCCUACAAAGGAAGUAAAGAAGUCCACAGCAGCACCACCUAAAAAGAGACAAAAGGUGGACCCUGAAGUAGAGCAAAAACAGGAAGAUGAGGAGGAGGAAGAGGAGAUGGAGGAAGAGGAAGAGGAUGAUGAUGAUGAAGAGGAAGAGUAAAUGGAAGAGGCAACUGAUGAUUGAAACUGUUUUGUUACAAGGUUGAAGGAACCAUGCCUGCAGAGGAAUUUAUUUAGUAGAUUUAUACCUGCUAGGUUAAGAAAUUGAUGAAUGUGUAGUGAAAAAGAUUGUGGUGACAAGAAUAGUGGUCUCCCUUUAUAAGGGAAUGUUGUUGAAUAAAUAUUACACAUAUAAA